AAAGAGCUGAACUGAAAAAUAUCGCGAGUGAGUAUAUCGCAUGCGAUUUUAAGCCUGUAUUGUAAAGAAAGCAAUACUCGGGAUAGUAUGUAUUAGAACUCUGAGCAUUGGUUGGUUGUUGUUUUUACAUUUUAACCAUAUUUUCAAAUUCGAACGAAAAUGGAACUAAAUUCUGUGAAUUCCGAACAAGAGCUCUUUCUUUUAAACUGGGAAAUUGGAGAUUUGAUCAAGAAACUGCGCAAAUUCGGUAGCAAGAGAUUAGAAAUCAAUCCUCAGACGUUGAAUUCUCUGGAAAAUUUAGUCGUAACAGUUGACACUUUCCUAAAGAAUAAGAAACCCACCAACAAAUGUGAAGGUCAGGACAAUGGUAUUUUCGACAAGUUUUUCUUCUCACGUAGUGUACAUUGCAAACAAUGCAAUCAAGCGAUUAGUACCUCGAAACCAGUUUUAGUAAAACAUCUAAAGGAGCAUGUUUGCAUAACGCCAUCGCAAGUUCUUCUCCAAGCUCUUAAAGGUUUCGAUAAAGAAAAGAAAACAUCAAAACCGACUACCGAUAAAUUGACACAAACCGAGGUGAAAGCUAAAAUAGAACCGGGUAAAUUGCAAAAACUUCUAUCGACUUCGAAGAAAAAGGUAAAACCCGUACAAGUUGUUGUACCACAGAUAGAUAAUCGACCAAAAGUGGACAAAGAGUAUGUAAUUCAGGGUCGUCUCCGAGAGUAUACCGAUGGAUUAACAAGAAGAACCAAAAAGUUUCUCAACAUCGAGCCAAGGGUUUUCAUUAAGGAACGUGCCACCAAAUGUUCAGAAAUAGCCAAUUCGUCAUCAUACGAUGCAGUUUUAACGAAUCUGGAAGGAUUACUGAAAGUAGAACACCCGAACGUUAAAGGACAUCUUUUUGGAUCACGUCUUUUAGGACUCGCGGAUGACGCUAGCGAUUUGGACAUUUUUGUGGAUAUAUACUCCAACUAUGACGGGUCGGUGAAGUAUUCCAGGGGUACGCUGCAAGCUUUCAUCCUUAAGUUCGAGAAGAUACUAAAAAAAUCUGAUUCGUGGAGUAGAGUAGUCCCAAUCAUUUCGGCGCGAACACCAAUAUUGCGGGCUUGGAAUUUCAAAGAGAAAAUUAACUGUGACAUGAUGUUCACUAAUGGACUCUCUCUGAGCAAUACUGUACUGACACUAUAUUUUUUCGAUCUGCAGCCUGUUUGUUACUAUGUCACUCUUUACGUGAAGGAAUGGUCUCGGUACCUCAGAAUGGCGAAUCUGAACAGCUACACCAUGACGUUGAUGACAAUUUAUUAUUUCCAGGAGUAUAAUCUUCUCCCAUCCUUGUAUGAACUGCAGACUGAUUGCGGCGAUGGGUGUUAUAUAACACAGUGGAAAACUAAUUUCAAGAGGAAAAGUUUGGAUGAAUUGGGCAUUCCGCUCAUUCCUGAAUGCGCACUGGAAACGUACAUACUAGGGUUCUUCUCAUUUUACGGGUCUCGUUUUUGUUUCGAAACCAAUGUGGUGUGUCCAUUUUUGGGGUGGUCUCCCUUGAAGGUGGACUUCGAUCCAAAACACAAUGAUAUCCCGGUACAAAUGGAGGAUUUAAGAGCCUUCUACGACUCGCUGGAUAUGAAGAAUGCAAGUCCUUUACAUGAUCUUUUUGCUCAUAAAAAGCCUAUGGUUGUUCAAGAUCCAUUCGAACUUAACCACAAUGUCGCCAAAGGUCUGGUUUCCGUUGAUGUUAGUAAAAUAAAGCAAUAUUGUAUUUUGACUGCAGAGCUCCUAGAAGAAAACUUCAUUCAUGUUAGGUAGUCGUUUUAGCACUAACCCUCUUGUAUUAGUAGAUGUAAUUUUUUUUUUCAAAGAUAUGAAUAAUGACUGAGGAGUUGAGAAUGAUCGUUCAUUUUUCAAGUUGUAGCAACAUUCAAGUAAACCAAAAUUAUUUUCUUUCUGUUUCUAUGAUAAAUUUCAUGUCACGCUUACCAAAUUUCCUAUUUCCUCCUACUGUCUACUCAAGAGGUACUGGAAAACCGAUUGUCCGUAGCUUUGAUCAAUGUUAACAAUUUAGUAUUAUAUCAUGAAAUGUAUGCCUUUUGGUAUGCCAUAUUCUGGCUGACGCCGAAUUAGCGCUAACGACCAAACAAACCAAACGAAAAAACAAAAUUAGGUUUAUGUGCAAACCACUUGUGUAGCGUUAGAUCCUCCUCUUUCAUUUCUAGUUGUAGUAGAUAGAUUGUGAAAUGUUGAGAAUAAGAUAGCAUGUGCCUUGCUGAGAGUCAGUCUAAUGUCAAAUGUCACGUCUGGCAUAUACAAUGAUGGGCAAGUUCAAAUACAUGCGUAUGUCAGUUAAAAUCGAAUGAAUUUCCGUUGACGAAAAAUCCUCCGACCAGAACGAGAACCGAACUAGAUAUACGUGUUAUAUACGUGUGAGAGACCCCAGUUUUCGUUCGAUCUAAUGAUGAAAAGUCCGCUUCAUUGGAACUGCUAUGAACAGUCACCCUCAAAACCAGCAAGAGAAAAAUUGAAUGUUUCGACAUCAUCUAUAUCCACCGUUUCACUUAGAUAAGAACAUCUACGAUAAAUUGCGAAUAGUGAAUGGCACCUGGAGGAUUGGCACAUCAAGCUCGAAUCAACAUCUGUAUUCCGGGAUAUCGAUUGGUAUUUAGAAUAAACGGAGAUAUAAACAGCAUGAGAUAUUAAAAACAGAGUAUUGUCAUGUUAGGUCUGAGAAUAAUUUCUAAGAUAGAGUUUAAUGAAGAGGCCCUAAUUUUAUUGGUUUAGUCUGUAAAACCGGUAAAAACCGAAAUGAAUACCAGGUUAUGUUCAGAUUUUGACCUUCAUCAGAGUUCUCGACAUUUCACGCAUCAACUAAAACAAUACGAAGCAGCGAACAACCAGCAGACAAUCGUUUCCAGUACAAGUAAGGAAGACUGAAGUCGCCGUUUAAAUAAAAAUGUAUAGAAUGUGAUGCUUGUGUGACUUUGCUCAGUUGAAUGCACAGAUUGAUUUAAUAAAAAAAAACCGAAUUUUUUUUUAUUUA